AUGGCUGACUCCUUGAACAUGAACGGUCUCUCUCUGAAUGACUCCAAGCAUGGUCCUCCAGCCGGUAUGGGCGGUGGACGUUCUACCUACAUUCCACCACACCUCCGCAGUUCCAUGCGUGGACCCGCCCCAGUGAAUAAUUUCGAUGGUGCAGGUGCUGGUCCUACCCCAGCUGGCGCUGCAGCUGCGGCCGCUCAAGGCUUGAAUGGCAGCGCAUGGGCGAACAACACCAAUACCAACGGCAACGGCAAUUGGGCAAGUGCUCCUGAUUUCAAGCCUGGUCCAGGUGGACCAGGUGGACCAGGUGGCCCCGGUCCUGCACCCCAAAGCAACGGAUGGGCAAGCCAAAACGGCCCCCGUCAAUUCAACCCUAAUGCCUACGGUGCUCCUGGCGGCGGCUCUUAUGGCGGCGGUGGCGGCGGCGGCGGUAACUACGGCGGUGGUGCAAACCGUGGAUCAGGAGAUGGAAGAUGGCAAGAUGGCCAACACGUUCCUGGUCCUGCCAACGCAAAACUCGAGCGAGAACUCUUCGGCAUUGCCAACGACCCCAACAAGCAACAGACAGGUAUCAACUUUGCCAACUACGACGAUAUCCCCGUCGAGGCAUCUGGUCAAGAUGUUCCCGAACCUGUUACGACCUUCACCAAUCCUCCCCUCGAUGACCAUCUACUUGCCAAUAUCAAAUUGUCACGUUACACCACUCCGACACCUGUACAGAAGUACUCCAUCCCGAUUGUCAUGGGGGGACGAGAUCUUAUGGCUUGUGCCCAGACUGGUUCGGGCAAGACCGGCGGUUUCUUGUUUCCAAUCCUCUCACAGGCAUUCCAAAAUGGUCCAUCUACAUCUCCAGCAUCUGGUUCUGGUUUCCGCCAACGAAAAGCAUUCCCAACCUCUUUGAUCCUUGCACCUACCCGUGAGUUGGUUUCUCAGAUCUACGAUGAAGCACGCAAAUUCGCAUACCGCUCCUGGGUCCGACCUUGUGUCGUCUACGGAGGUGCCGACAUUGGUACUCAACUUCGAUCCAUCGAGCGAGGUUGCGAUCUCCUCGUUGCCACCCCUGGUCGUCUUGUCGAUCUCAUAGAGCGAGGUCGCAUUUCCUUGGCCAACAUCAAAUACCUUGUUCUCGAUGAGGCUGAUCGUAUGCUUGACAUGGGUUUCGAGCCUCAGAUUCGCCGCAUCGUCGAGGGUGAGGAUAUGCCCAAUGUGCAGAACCGUCAAACUCUCAUGUUUUCUGCCACCUUCCCACGUGACAUUCAGAUGUUGGCUCGUGAUUUCCUCAAGGACUACGUCUUCUUGUCUGUUGGACGUGUCGGUUCGACUUCUGAGAACAUCACCCAAAAGGUUGAGUACGUCGAAGAUGGUGACAAGCGCUCAGUUCUUCUCGACAUUCUUCAUACUCAUGCUGGUGGCUUGACCUUGAUCUUUGUCGAAACCAAGCGUAUGGCCGAUACCUUGUCUGAUUUCCUCAUCAACCAAGGAUUCCCUGCCACAGCUAUUCACGGAGAUCGUACUCAACGUGAGCGUGAACGAGCCUUGGAGUUCUUCCGUAAUGGCAGAUGUCCCAUCAUGGUGGCAACUGCUGUCGCCGCCCGUGGUCUCGAUAUUCCAAACGUCACACACGUUGUCAACUACGAUCUUCCAACCGACAUCGACGAUUAUGUUCACCGAAUUGGUCGUACUGGCCGUGCUGGAAACACUGGUCUCUCUACCGCUUUCUUCAACCGGGGCAACCGUGGUAUUGUUCGUGAUCUCCUUGAGUUGUUGAAGGAAGCACAUCAGGAGGUUCCUGGCUUCUUGGAGAAUAUUGCUCGUGAAAGCUCCGGCUUUGGCGGCGGCCGAGGCGGCCGCGGCGGCGGUGGCCGUGGUCGAGGUGGUGGUAACCGUGAUGUGCGUCGUACUCCUGGUGGAAUGGGAGGCGCUCCUUCCUAUGGUGGUGGAUUUGGAGGCGGAUCCGGCGGCGGCUAUGGUGGAAGUGCUGGUGGCUACAGUGGCGGCGGCGGUAGCCAUGGCGGCGCUUACGGAGGUGGUGCCGGUGGAUAUGGUGGCGGUUAUGGCGGUGGGGGUGGUGGCAGCUACGGCAACCCCGGUGGUGCCAGCGGUCCAUCAUCAUGGUGGUAA